AAAGCGAACUCUGAGUUCAUGACCUCAUGCAACCUAGAGAGAUGUGCAGGCUUCACAACUCAAAUAGCUAUCAGUUCAUGGAUUUUUUUAAACGAGGAUGAAUACGAGAAACCUUACACUUUACACACAUUUUGGAUUUCUAAAGGCGCAAGAUACUGCCAUUUUAUUGCUUACACUAUACAAAAAUCUGUAUCCAAAAUGAUUGGCACUUUUACAUUUGAUUGUACUACUUGCUUUCGGUUUCUACUGGAGCUAGUUUUAAAGCUAACGCUAUAGCCGUUAUUUGUUCACUGAUGUGAUUUUAAAGCACUGCGGAUAUACCUAGUUCAUUUUGCUGGUGGUUGGUGUCAUCAAUAUGUCUGGGAGUCAUUCUAGCUCUGACGACAGCAGUGAUUCAAGAAAAAGGCCUCCGGAGAAGGAUUUAGACCCAGACACAAGUCCUAAACGUCCGAAUUGUGGUAAGUUUUGUUGGGAAAAAAUCAAAAUGAACACGCAUAAUUUCGUUUACCAUAUUUCGUAUUAUAGAGGAUAAUGUUCAGCUCAAAAUUCUUGUACCAUCUAUCGCUGCUGGAGCUGUUAUUGGAAAGUCUGGUGAAGCCAUAGGUAGAAUUCAAAAAGAAACUAACACAAAAGUCAAAAUAUCUAAACAAGAUGAAUUUUAUCCCGGCAGUGUAUCUCGUAUCCUAACCGAGCCAAGCCGGACUCAAUCGAAUUGAACUGAACUGAAUUAUAUCAGCGUAGAAGUAUUUUUCCGUAAAGGUCAACUAUUUCCAGUUGUCACACUUCAGAAAUAAGUGCAAAAAUGUAGAGAAAAAAACAAAUAAAUAGUAGAAAAAAUUUGUAGCUCAGGUACAACGGAACGUGUUUGUCUAAUCACUGGAUCAUUCGAUGGUGUUAUCAUUGUGCACAAUUAUAUAAUGGAUCGAAUUAUGGAAAAGCCUGAUCCUAAUCCGCAUACAACUGGAGAUGGUCGAUUGAAUGUUGAACGUCAUAAACAGGUGAAAAUUUUAGUACCAAACAGUACGGCUGGUAUGGUUAUUGGCAAAGGUGGAUCUUACAUUCAAGAGAUAAAAGAGAAAACUGGAGCUUAUGUACAAAUUUCUCAAAAAUCACGUGAAUUCAAUCUAUUAGAGCGUUGUAUCGUUGUUGCUGGUGAAUUAGAUCAAACAAGAGCAGCUGUCCAUCUUAUACUUGGUGUUAUCGCUGCAGACCCACAAUCAGCUAGUUGCCCAAAUCUCUCUUAUCAUGACAUUCAAGGACCAGUAGCCAGUGUUUAUCCAACCGGUUCACCCUAUGCCAUUCCAGUUAUUCCUUAUUUAUCAAAUCCUACUGCAUUGCCGAAUCCUCCAGUUGACGUUAAUUCUCCUGCUGGCGCUGCAGCGGCAGCUGUCGCAUCUAUGAUGGCCGCUGCUUCUGCUUCUGCAGCAUUUACACAUGGUCAGUCUUCAUCACAAGGUCCUGGAUUCGGUUUUUUUCCCGGCAAUCUUUCAUCGACAUCGGAUGUUGCAACACUGGCAGCUCUAGUGUCAAAUCCAGCCGCAGGAUCGAUUAUUUUGCCGUCUAUGCUUGCAAACGCUGUAAAUGGUAGAACCUCAAGUAAUAGUAUGUCGUCUGGAGAUAUAUUUUCAGCGACUGGUGCCAGUAGUAAUACUCCAUGGUCAAAUAUUUCUGGUCAAACUGGGUUCGACACUGGCCUACCGGAUCCAAAUGCUGCUACAUCGGUAAAUGUAUCAAUUGCUUUGGCGGCUUCAUCAUUUACCGCCAAUAAACCACAAGAUUCUCAGUCAACGCGGACGGCGGUAUCACCUCCGGUCUUUUUCCCAUCAUCAUCAUUCAUCCCAGGACCACUUCAUAUGUCGCCUACCGGUUUGUUUGGUUAUCCAGCACUCGGAUAUGGGAGUUUACCUUCUCAACAGAGUCAUCAUCAUCAUUUAGCUACAAGAGGUAUACCAUUAUUGUCUGAAACUUGCUCUUCACCAGCAUGCAGUACUCCGUCUACUCUGCCGUCAUUACUGACUUCACCAUCAGUUGCUGCAUUAGCUGCUCUUUCAGCUGCUGCCUCUAUAACGGCAGCAACAACUGUACUAUCCUCUUCAUCGUCACCAUCAUCGCCAUUAACCUCGUGUACUGCAAAGUCUUUACCUGUCUUACCUAAUCCUGGUACUGCUGCGGCUGCUGCUGUACUAGGUCUAUUGCCUUAUUCACCACCGUCGUUGUCAUCGCUUACAGUUGGGCCUAUCUUACCAGCUCCACCACAACCACCUUCAGCACCAACCCAAGGAACACCAUCACAGAUACUGCCUAAUGAUCCUAUGUCUAUGUCAUUUUCUAAUAUCCCAUCAGCUUCAUCAUUAUUGUUGUCACUUACCACAGAGAGUGGUGGUGGUGGUGGUAAGAAUCUACAAGGACUACAGCAACAGCAAUCAUCUCUUGUUCUGGGCGGCAGUGGAACUGUAAGUUCACCACAAGCUACUGGUGGUCUACCCUCUCCAUCCAAUCUCCUUGGACUCCAUGGACUACAAUAUCCGGGAGCAUCGGGAUCAUCUUCAUCAGCAGCAGCGUUACCAUCGAAUAUGGUUAAUCCAGUUGGAAAUUAUGUAGCUUACAGGCGUGUUUUAUCUGUACCAGAAAAUGUGGUCAAUAUUAUCUUAGGUCAUCAAGGUCGAUCAAUUAUGGACUUACAACUUGUCACAGGUACAGUGAUACAAAUUUCACAAAAGAAUAUAUAUGUGUCCGGUGGCCAGUUGCGUAAUAUCACUAUAACUGGACCACAAGGCAAUGUUCAAUGGGCAGCAAAUGUAAUUGAGCAUAUAAUCGCGAUUGAGCACAUUAAACGUGAAUCAUCAAUGACUUCAAGUCAACAAUCACUGCCAGCAAUAGAAUCUGAACAUUUUCUACCGACUAUUGGUUUGCAUUAUCCAGACUGUCAACCACAAGUACAACCACCAUUGUCAUCGGUGUCGACAGCCGCUGCUUGUGUUAUGAAUAUGAGUCAAAUUAAUAUGCCGCCAAUGAUAGCGCCAGUAACGACAACAGGAAUGAUUACAAGUAGUACAAGCAAUAAUAACAAUAAUAAUAAUAUUAUUAUUACCGGUAUGCCAUUCUCGUCAACAUCAUCAUCAUCAACAACACAACCGUCAUCAUCGUGUGAAAUCGGUGUCUCGAGAAGAUCUUGUACAUCGUCAGGUGGUGAUUCAUUAUUAUCCCUACAAACUCCUAGCAGUGAUUCAGUUCCCGUGGUAAAUGUGACAAAACGUGAUGAAACUAGCUAACUUACUAAGUGAUUUCUCCUUUCUCCCCCUCUCUCUCACACACCCUUUAUUCUAUUUGUCUUUCACACAUCAAAUGUCUCUCUAUUUUUCUCCCCUGUGGUUUUGCUUUGUUAUGUAUUGUGCGUGUGUGUGUGCUGGUGUGUGUGUGUGUGUGUAAUAUGGCGCUGUUUUUAGUUUUACUCACCGUUUCCCCUUAUCAAACACAUCUUUUGAAUCCUUUCCACUUCUUCUUUGGUUAACUUGUACUCACAUUGUGUGUGUAUAUAUAUAUAUAUAUAUGUGU